CUUCCGUUCCGCCAUGUUGGGUUAGGCGUUUUUUAUAGUUUGUGAAUAGUGCGUCGUCGAUGUAAUUUCUACGAUUUUCUUUUGAGUUGUGAAAGUGGAUUUGAUUGCCCUGUGGUAGUUAAAAGUGUGGCGUUUUUAAGUGCAAAGCGAAGUGACUUUGUCGUUAUUUUGUUUGUGGUAAGACUUACACAGCAGCUAACUUUUAUCGUGCGGUGAUCUCAUUGUUUUCUGGAACAAAGCGACAUUUUGAAGUGACGUGUAAUGUUGUGCAUUUCAGAUAGUGGUUCGUCGUACUGAGCUUUCAUGAUUGGAUUACCGCGUAGCGAUAGAGAUAGAGAUCGAAUUACGGUGAAAAUUCGUAACAUGAAGAGAAGUUCGUCGAGAGAUAGCAUGCCGCGUUCGAAGCGUACUCGCAGUAGCAUAGGCAGGUACGAUGACAGCUCUGAUGAGCGUGUCACUCCAGAACGAGUGCGCCGCCGGGUGCGCUCGCCGAGCCCCCGCGGCCGGUACGUGUCGCCACAUCGUGAGGAAUACGUACGCUCUCGGGAAAGAGAGGAAUCAGUGCGUCCAUACUACAAAGUGCUGUGUGUCAGCGCCUUGCACCUCAAAGCUUCCGAUGAGAUCAUCAAGGAUACUCUUUACAGAGAAUUCAAGAAGUUUGGAGACUUCAGCAUUAAAAUUUCGCAUGAGCUAGAUGAACGAGUGGCGUAUGUUUGCUUUAGAAAUGCUGAAGAUGCCAGAGACGCUAAGCACGCUAAGCCAAGAAUUAUACUGUAUGACAAAGUGGCUAUAGUGGACCCUGUUUAUGAACCAGUCAGGUCAGAGUAUAGGAGCAGGCCUAGAAGUAUAACUCCACCUGAUUAUGAACGUCCUUAUUCUUAUACUUGGUCUCCAGUACCUGAGAGGCGCAGACCACCAGAUGAAAGAGCCUAUGGGAUUCCGCCAACAGUGCCACCACAUCAUAGAGAUUUCCGCCCUCCAAUGCAUGAAUAUCCUAUGGCUGGGCCUCACGGGCCCCCAAUGCAUCAUAGACCACCUUUUGAGAAAGUUGAAAACAAAAAAGACAAAUUCCCUAACUACUUACACCACGUACAGCCUGAAGAUGAUCCUCUUGCUACUAGAACACUUUUUGCUGGUAACUUAGAAAUAAACAUAUCAGAUGAGGAGCUUCGACGCAUUUUUGGUCGGUACGGCAUUGUGGAGGACAUUGAUAUUAAACGUCCACCCCCUGGGACAGGAAAUGCCUUUGCAUUUGUAAGAUACCAAACACUUGACAUGGCUCAUCGUGCCAAGGUAGAGCUUUCGGGUCAGUAUAUUGGCAAAUUCCAAUGUAAAAUUGGGUAUGGUAAGGCAACCCCGACCACCCGUGUGUGGGUGGGUGGUCUGGGACCUUGGACUUCAGUGGCUCAACUUGAAAGAGAAUUUGAUAGAUUUGGGGCAAUCAAAAAAAUUGAAUAUGCAAAGGGAGAGCCACAUGCCUACAUAUUGUAUGAUUCAAUAGAUGCAGCUCAGGCUGCAGUAAAAGAGAUGAGAGGCUUUUCUCUAGGUGGGCCAGACAGGCGUCUUCGCAUUGAUUUUGCUGAUGUUGGCAAUGGUGGGCCAUUCAGACCAAAACCUUAUGCACCACCACCAGUUGGUGAAGAUGGGCGUCCUGCCGAGGGAUAUGAAGGCUAUGAGGGAACUUGGGAAGAAGGUUAUGGUUAUGGGGGUUAUAGAGGAAGAGGUGGUCAUCGUGGUCGUGGUCGAGGCAUGUAUAGAGGUGUAUAUCAUGGCACUGGUGAUUAUCGCGAUGAGGAGUGGCGCAGAGCGCCAUUGGACAAUGAAUAUGACGGCCGUGUGCGGCGCUCCGGAUCACGCGAACCAGGUGUAGACCGAUCCAGAUCUCGCUCACCGCGACGCCGUUCCCCUGAUAGCGACUCGGAUGGAUCCCCUCGCAGAACAGGUGGCAUGCUUGCAUCGGCAAGAACUCUCCCUGAAGUCGUACGCAAGGCUACUACCAUAUGGAAUGGUGCUCUCAUAUUGAAAAAUUCUUUGUUCCCAACUAAAUUUCAUCUUACUGAUGGAGACUCUGAAAUCAUUGACAGUCUUAUGAAGGAUGAAGAUGGAAAAAAACAAUUGCGGAUCACGCAAAGACUGAGGUUAGAUCAGCCCAAACUUGAUGAUGUUCAGAAGCGUAUUGCAACAUCCAGUUCACAUGCAAUCUUUUUGGGAGUAGCUGGAUCUACUGCAUCUGUCACCAAUGAUGAUGCAAGUAUUCAGACAAGGCCGAUGAGAAAUUUGGUAUCCUACUUGAAGCAGAAAGAAGCAGCUGGAGUAAUAUCCCUUCUGAACAAAGAAACAGAGGCCACUGGUGUACUGUAUUCAUUCCCUCCAUGUGAUUUUUCUACAGAACUUUUAAAGAGAACUUGCCACAACCUAACAGAGGAGAGUUUGAAAGAGGAUCAUCUCGUAAUUGUGGUGGUGCGUGGAGGUUCAGCUUAAAUAUUAUAUAUAACACAGUAACAAGGAUUGUAUAGAUUUGUAUUGAGUUUAUUGUUAGAAUUAGUUUUUAUAAAGCUUCCCAAUGUUUAUCAUCAUUUUACAUUCAUUGUAUUACAUGUUUAUUUGUGACGUGUAGUGUUGUAUGGUGAGGUGUAUGUAAACACAAACUAAUUAUGUGACUGUUUCAGUUAAGUCAUAAGUUUUAGUGCAAGUGCUGUGUUAGUGCACAGUUGUAGUGCAAAGCAAUAAUUAUUGCACAUAUAUUGUAGUUAGUUUUUGCUAGUUAUUCAGGAAUAAAAAGUAAAAUUUCAUUAAGUGUAUUAUGAUGGCAAAACUUGAGUUAUAAUGAUAGUGUAUAUCUUAUUCAGUGUAUGUUAGGUGAUGUGUAGUGUAAGUGUGUGACUCAAAUAG